AUGCUACUGUACACUGAUACCGACUCAUUGUGGUGUAAGGUGUUUCCCUCUAUGCUGACUGGGCUUGGUCAGACAUGGUUCAAAAGCAUAACACAAGCAUCUGUCUUCGAUUUCCGCCAGCUCACUUCCACGUUCGUCACACACUUCGUCAGUAACAAAUGCAGGGAGAAAACUACUGGCGAGCUGAUGUCUAUCAAGCAAGGAGACUCAAAGAGCUUGAAAGACUAUGUGGGGCGCUUCAAUGCAGAGCCCGUCACCAUCCCUAGUCUGCAGCAGGAGGUAGCGGUCUUAGCCCUGAUGACAGGUUUAAAAGAAGGGAUUGCUUCCAGAAGCUACAUGGGUCGCAAAAAGCUGACCAGCCUAACAGAAGUCUUGGGGAAGGCAAACGACUUCAUCCGAGCAGAAGAGUUCGACAAGGCGACAACUGCUAAAAGGCCGAAAGGAGAUGGAAAGGAGAAAGACAAGUAUCGGAAAGACAAGAAGCUGGACAAUUCCGGCACGAGGGAGUAA